AUGGAACAAGAAACAACAGGGACACCAAAUAAAGGAACUUCAAUGACUAAUUCACCAACAACUGAUUCAUCUAGCUCAACAACAACAUCCUCAAACAUGCCGGCACCAAAUUUUAUGUUUCCAGCAAAUCCUCAAGAUGCAUCGACGGCUAAUUAUCCGGAGUUAAUUAAACAACUUACGCAACUUUAUAUGACAUCUCCAAACAUGCAGGCAUUAAGUUUUAUGUUUUCAGCAAAUCCUCAUAAUGCAUCGACAGUUAAUUAUGCAGAAUUAAUUAGACAACUUACUCAACUUUAUAUGAUAUCCCCGAACAUGCAAACAUCAACUUCUGUGUUUACAGCAAAUGCUCAAAAUACUUCAACAGCUAAUCAUUCGGAAUUAAUUAGACGACUUACACAACUUUAUAUGUCAUCUUCAAACAUGCCUGCAUCAAAUUUUAUACUUCCAAUAAAUCCUCAGAAUACUAUGAUGGCUAAUUAUCCUGAAUUAAUUAGACAACUUAUGCAACUUUAUAUGACAUCUCCACAACAUGUGGCAUCGUGCCAACAAAUGCCCCAAGAAUCUCAUCCAGCUGGAUCGCCUAAUCCAUUCUUCACACCAUCACUUGGUGCAAUACAGACAUCAGCUGAUAUACUUCUUUCGAAAAAGGCGAAGAAAAACGAAGGUGAAAUGGAGAAAGAUAACGUCGAUGAGAGUAAAGACGAGGAGAAAGAGGAUAAAGAAAAAGGAAAGCACAAUUAUGACAUUGAUAAGAACGGGAAAAAUGGCUAUAACAUUUAUGAGAAUAUAGUGCACAUUUAUAACAUUGAUGAGAGUGAAGAUGAAGAGGUUGAGAGAGAAUUACCUAAAAAGCGAA